AUGUCGGCCGAGCAUUCAACACCGACAGAGGAGUCCUUCGAGGCUCCCGAAUCCCCAAGAUACGAGUGCUCCAUAUGCUCCAAGCGCUACAAGCGACGCGAGCACCUAUUCCGCCACACCAGUACCCAUACAUCACAGCGACCGUACCAAUGCACCUCGUGCGACGGCGCCUUCCAGCGCGCAGACGUGCUAAAGCGCCAUCUCCGCACCUGUGACGGCGGAGCUUCGAGAGCAAACACGCGUAGACGCGCCUGCGAUCGCUGCGUCCGCCAGAAAAAAGCCUGCAGCUCGCAUCAGCCGUGCCACAGCUGUGCGAAGCGUGGUGCACAAUGCUGGUAUUCCACGGAGACGGGGGGUUCAUCGCGACAGACGCCGCAAAACCAAAAGCGAACACAGCAGGAUCAACAAACUUCUGUCGAGACGGUCCCGAAACAAGAAGAGACGACUUGUACGCAGAUGACUCCGACGCCGGCCACGACCACUGCGAUGAUGCCGUGGGGUCUCACCAUGGAGGAUUUGCAAAAUUUCGGCACGAGUCCUGUAGACACCUUUUUUGACCCGGCGUCGAUCCAAUAUCCCAGUGCCGGCUGGCCGGACUUCUCCGCGUUAGCUCCCGAGCCACCCGCGACUUUUGAGCCGCCGGUGGCUCAUGACACACCGCGGAAAUCGCUGCAUUUUCUGGAUAAAUUUACUAGUCACACGGGGCUCGUGUCGAGUUUUGAUUGUGGGACGCUGGAGCAGAGGGAACAGGUGGCUACCAGUCUGGAUCGGCAGACAUCGGCUCAGCUACAGCAGAGGAUUAUGGCAAUGCCGACCCUAAGCAUGGAUAUGCCGUCGCCUUUGUUGCUGGAAAGUAUGAGUGAUUCAAGUUCGACGAGUGAUAUCCCAUUAGAUUGGUUUAAUGACCCACUUUCGUUGAAGACACAUGAGAUUUUGCUCUUGAUUGAAGAAGUGGUUACGAUCAAACCGCGCAACAGUGCCGUUACCUUGGACUGGUCAUCAGCGCUGAAGGAUUCGUGCCUGCAGUUCUUCUCUCCUUCGAACAUAAGGAGGUUUCUGGCGUUAUACUGGGCAAUGUGGCAUCCCAAUGUCAACUUCAUACAUCGACCUACAUUUGAUUUGUUGGCAGCGAAACCCACGCUUCUAGCUGCAAUGGCUUUGAUUGGUGCCUGUGUUUCGCCGGAUAUGCCGGACAACGAGGAUGCGCGAACCUGGUUCAACUGCGUGGAGGAGAUGGUCUUUAUUGACGAUGAUUUCAACAAUGAUUUGACAUGCCAGUCCAUGGGCAAUAUGGUGAUCCAACGACGCAAGAUCCAGGCUGUACAAGCUGCCUAUAUAGUCUGUCUUUACCAGAACUGGGAAGGUUCUGAUGCGAGUAAGAGCCGCAUUCGACGCUACCGCUUCGCCACUCUGGUAUCUACGGCUCGUGAUAUUGGCAUUACUGCAGCACAACACUUGAACUACGGCGCCCAGGGCAGACACGAAUUUGAAUGGAAGGAAUAUGCCGCCAGGGAGGAGCUGAUUCGUGUAUUCACCUGGAUCUUCCUACUCGACACAGCAUUCGUAAUCUUCAAUAACCUCCCUCCACGAAUGGUCAUCAAAGAAAUGCGAAUGCACAUGGCAACGCCAGAAAGCUGUUUUCAAGCAACCACAGCCGACGAAUGCCACCAACAAAUCCAACUCUUCCUUCCCGCACGAAGCAUCUAUUGGACGAUCUCCUUCCGCGGCUCCUUCGAAGCAAUCUGCAAAGACGAGCUCCCUGUCACAAUUCGCCAACUCUUAGCCUCCCUAGGCCCCUCAAACCUCUUCGCCUUGACAUCCGCAAUCCACUCCCAAAUCUUCCAAUUCCGCAGCGCAGUUGGCGGCUUCCAACUCCGCGCCCCAAUCCGCAACGCCCUAACACACUGGCGCGACAUCUGGCACACCUUCUCCUCAACCUUCCCACAGGGCAUAACACCCCACACAACAAUCGAAGACCCACACAUCCAGCCCGAAGACCUCUGGCGCCGCAUGGGCUUCUUCCGCUUUGCGCCAGAAUACUGGCUCCUGGCGAACCUCAUGGCUGAUCGACUUGCUGCAUCUCGGACAGAGACCGGACUCGGGCCGUUGGAUGAGGGGCCAUUGGAUCCGAUUCUUAAUCAGUAUGAUCAGACCAGUAUGCGCCAGAUUAAUGAUCUGAUUAUGGGCUUCCAGACGUUCCAGAUCUAG